UUCUAUUUGCGGUUUUCAGAAUUUGUUUUUGGUGUUUUAUUCAUUUUUACUUAAGUUCAUUUUGUGGAGAUGACUCCUUUUCAUUCGUUGAGUCAUUUUUUCUGUUAUUGAUCAGAGAAUGUUUAUCCUUUUGCUAAUAUAAGAAUUUUCGACUAAGUAUCGGAAAAUUUUCCGUUAUGUUGUUAGGGUUUUUUAAAUUUCUCUAGUUAGUGUUUGAUUCUGGUGUAUUGAUAUUUGUGAUUGUGUACUGUUCCCAAUCACAAUUUUUUUUCUUUUAUUGUUAUUGGUAAGCCUUAUUCCGCUAGGUAAGGUUCAGAAAAGUUAUUAAAUGUGAAGUGCAUAACUUUGCGUGCAUAAAGUUUUCUCCUUGACGAGGAUUUUGAAUGGGGUGACGAUAAAAGUUGAUGUCAAUUGCUACCUCUGGUUCUGCAAUUUCUUAUAUUAUCCCUGUGACAAAGAAGAGAGAAGAUGGCACCUCAAUUGGCAUUAACCCACUCUUCUCUUCCCCGUAUUCCUCCCUCUGCUACAUCUCUUGGUUUAGGAAGGAAUAAAGAUUCGAUUAUAAUCAACAGGACAAAUAAUCAAACCAUGACAGCCUUUGCAGGCAAUGCUCUUCGUAAUUCAGCUAUCCAACUCAUUACUGUUUCAUCUCCUCUAUCUUCUGAUAAAGAAGCUAGCCUCUCACUCAAACCUCCUAUGUCUCAAAGAGGCAAUUCUAAGUUCUGUGGACAAGCAUAUAUAUAUCAUUCGUCUGGUUUCCGAAUCCCAGAAAAUGCUGAGAAGCCAGAAUGGUGGUGGAGAGCUUUAUCCUGUAUUCCCUACCUAAUAGCAUUGCAGAUGUCUGCAACUGGGUUUUAUCUAGAACCUAUCAUUCAAAAAUUUCCAUUCUUUCAGAGUUUGAUCUUCUAUAUCCCAGGAGGUGUCAACCGAUUACCAAUCUGGUUUCCCAUGUUAUACUGCUAUCUGGCUAUUGUAGGAGUGGUGAAAAACAGGGACUUGCCUCUUAUCUUCAGAUUCCAUGUAAUGACGGGAAUGCUGCUGGAACUUGCUCUACAGAUAGUGUACAUUGCAAGCAACUUCAUGCCACUUAUACACUUCCCAGGGGGCACAUUGGGGUCAUAUUACUGGGCUGGUAUUGCAUUGGCAUUUAUUUUUAUAAUGAUAAAGUGCAUAAGGUGUGCGCUUCUGGGAACAUUUGUGAGCAUCCCUUUGGUUAGUGAAUCAGCUUUCAUUCAUUCUCUAUUUGGUUUAGGAGGAUUACAACGGCCUUUUUAGGAGGUUGUGAUCAAGAGUAAAUGUAAUUUCAAGGUGGUUUUGCAGUUUAAUCAACGGUUCUCUAUAUUUCUUGUAGUUGAUUUUUAUUGUUGCCUUGAGUAGAAGUAAAUGAUAAUCUUUUUUUGUUUAAGAUU